AUAUAUAUAUCCAUCUUCUUCUGAAAACAUAUAUCUUCACCACCAAGAAUGGCUCAUCAUCCCAAACCAUCCUUUUUCUUGCUUUUCUUCAUCACUCUGUCACUGGUGGCCAUCCACACCAUUCAAACCGAGGCCAGACACCUUCUGGAGACAACCUCGCCGGAACUUCCUAAGCCUGAAAUCCCAACAUUACCAAAGCCUGAGGUCCCAGAAAUUCCAAAGCCCAAGCUGCCUGAAAUUCCCAAACCUGAGCUGCCACAGCUCCCAAAACCUCAAGUACCAGAGCUUCCUCAGGUGCCGGAAAUUCCAAAGCCCAAGAUGCGUGAGAUCCCCAAACCUCAAUUACCAGAGAUCCCAAAGCCUCAGGUUCCAGAAAUUCCAAAGCCGAAGAUGCCUGAAAUUCCCAAACCUCAAGAACCGGAGAUUCCAAAGCCUCAGGUGCCAGAAAUUCCAAAACCCCAAAUGCCUGAAAUCCCUAAACCUCAAUUACCAGAGAUCCCAAAACUCCAUGUUCCGGAAAUUCCAAAGCCCAAGAUGCCUGAAAUCCCCAAACCUCAAGUACCAGAGAUUCCAAAGUCUCAAGUGCCUGAGAUUCCAAAACCGGAGCUACCAACACUCCCAAAGCCUCAAGUGCCGGAGAUUCCAAAACCUGAGUUGCCUGCAUUUCCCAAGCCAGAGCUCCCAAAGAAGCCAUGAUUUCUUAAACGCUUGCUUAUUAUGCGUUUAGAAUCUUGAUUCUCCAUAUUAUUUAUAGUAUACAUUCAUCUUGCUUAUCAUUCUCCAUACUAUACAUUCAUCUUAUAGUAUUUUAUAUUUCAUUUCAUGUAUACACUCCCAUAUUGUACCAAUGGGUGCAUGCUGUUCUCUCAGAGUCGCAGUUGUACUCGUGUAUGUCAGUAGUGAAUAAUAAUUACGUGCUUGCAUAUUAAAGUAUA